GGGACUUGUUUGUAAACUUUGUUCAUAGUUUUGCCCUCCCCGCCUCCCCCUUCUCUCUCACACACACAAAAUCAAAUCAAAUCAAAUCAUACCAUUCAUGGCUCCUCUCAAUCAAUACAAUUAAUCGUGUAAUUCGAAUCCCAGAAAGUAGCUCAAUGAAGGGAUGAUGUUUUGAUACCAUUAAUACUAUUCCUAGCUUGACUUACAUUUGCUACUGAUACGAUUUACACAACCCCUCGUUUGUGGUUUUUGUUCUGAAUGAAAUUGUGAUGUUCUCUAGUUUCCGAAAUCUGAUGUAUUCGCCCGAAAAUUAGAAUGGAUUUUGAGUUUGUGUUUAAUACACUAGGGACGUCUGUCAUCAAUACAUUGGUCGUAGAUUUAAACCGCAUCUUGAUGACUCGAAGCACCAGUUGAUUAUCAAACAAUCUGCAGCUGAGGCAGUUCUUCGCAUCUUGAAUCGAAACAAUGGCAGAUGGCCACUUAUUCAACAAUAUAUCUCUCGGAGGUCGUGGGGGCGCCAAUCCAGGUCAGCUUAAAGUUCAUCCAGGUGGUAUAUUAUGGAAGAAACAAGGAGGUGGUAAGGCUGUUGAAGUUGAUAAAUCUGAUAUUUCUGGUCUUACAUGGAUGAAAGUUCCACGGACUAAUCAGCUUGCUGUUAGAAUCAAAGAUGGUUUGAAGUACAAGUUCACUGGUUUUCGUGAUCAGGAUGUUAUUAGCCUGACCAACUUUUUCCAGAACUCCUGUGGGUUAACAACAGAAGAGAAACAGCUUUCUAUUAGUGGGAAAAACUGGGGAGAAGUUGAUUUAAAUGGCAAUAUGUUGUCUUUUCUUGUUGGCUCAAAGCAAGCAUUUGAAGUCUCCUUAGCUGAUGUCUCCCAAACACAGCUACAAGGAAAGAAUGAUGUCAUAUUGGAAUUCCAUGUGGAUGACACAACUGGUGCAAAUGAGAAAGAUUCUUUGAUGGAGAUAAGUUUUCAUAUUCCCACUAACAACACACAGUUUGUUGGUGAUGAAAAUCGUCCACCUGCACAGGUAUUCCGUGAGAAAAUAAUGUCAAUGGCAGAUGUUGGUGCUGGAGGCGAGGAAGCAGUUGUUACAUUUGAGGGCAUUGCAAUUCUUACUCCAAGGGGUCGAUACAAUGUUGAACUUCACUUAUCCUUUUUGAGACUUCAAGGGCAAGCCAAUGAUUUCAAAAUCCAGUUCAGCAGUGUAGUUCGUGUAUUUGUACUACCCAAGUCAAACCAACCACAUACAUUUGUGGUUGUUACUCUCGAUCCACCUAUUCGUAAAGGGCAAACCAUGUAUCCACAUAUCGUGUUGCAGUUUGAAACGGAUUAUGUGGUGGAAAGCACCUUGUCAAUAAAUGAAGAUCUAUUUGCUACUAAAUACAAGGACAAACUAGAACCAUCUUAUAAGGGGCUGAUUCAUGAAGUGUUCACAAUGGUAUUAAGAGGCUUAUCUGGCACAAAACUCACAAGACCAGGGAAAUUCAGAAGUUGUCAAGAUGGUUAUGCUGUGAAGUCAUCUUUAAAAGCAGAAGAUGGUGUUCUUUAUCCACUUGAAAAGAGUUUCUUCUUUCUACCAAAACCUCCUACUCUUAUCCUAUAUGACGAGAUUGAUUAUGUGGAAUUUGAAAGGCACGCUGCUGGAGGAUCAAAUAUGCAUUAUUUUGAUCUUCUUAUUAGACUGAAGACAGAACAAGAACAUCUUUUCAGGAACAUUCAGAGAAACGAAUAUCACAAUCUCUUUGAUUUCAUCAAUUCUAAAGGUCUUAAAAUCAUGAAUCUUGGUGCUGCAAAAACCACAAAAGAUGGCGUUGCUGCUGUGCUGCAGGAUGAGGAAGAUGAUAAUGUUGACCCGCAUCUUGAGAGGAUCAAGAAUGAAGCUGGUGUAGAUGAUAGUGAUGAGGAGGAUGAAGAUUUUGUUAUUGACAAAGAUGAUGGAGGGUCACCUACUGAUGAUUCCGGGGGAGAUGAUUCUGAUGGUAGUCAAAGUGGAGGCGAAAAGGAAAAGGAGAAACCUGUGAAGAAGGAAACCAAGAAAGAAGCUGCUCCUACUUCUUCUAAGCCGUCUUCAAGUAAGAAGAGACCCAAAGCCAAUGAAGACGAUGGAUCAAAGAAGAGAAAACCAAAGAAGAAGAAAGACCCAAAUGCCCCCAAGAGGGCAAUGAGCGGUUUCAUGUUCUUCUCACAGAUCGAAAGAGAGAAUGUCAAGAAGGACAUCCCUGGUAUCUCAUUUCAAGAGAUUGGAAGGGUUCUUGGCGAACGAUGGAACAAAUUAACAGUUGAGGAGAAGGAACCGUAUGAAGCAAAGGCUUUGGCAGACAAAAAACGAUACCUAGAUGAACUCAGCAGCUACAAACCACAACCAACAAAUUCACCCAACAAUUCUGAGUGACACUGCCUAAAUUCCUUUGCAUCUUAAUUUCAACUAUUUUUGAAUUUUGGUUUCCAGUUUAAGCUUCCAUUAAAGGUAUUGUAAUAAAAGACAAAAUAACGAUACCACAACCAAAAAGGUAAGCAAAUAUUUUGUUUCCCAA